AUGGCUGAUACUCCCCGCACUGCCCAUGUCAUCGACGGCACUGCAGUAGCAAAAUCCAUCCGCGAAUCAGUCGCUCAGCGUAUUUCCGCUCUCCAAUCCGUGUCUCCCUCCUUCAAACCACAGCUCGCCAUCGUCCAGGCAGGUGCACGCCCAGACUCUGCCACCUAUGUCCGCAUGAAGGCAAAGGCUUGCGGCGAGGUUGGCAUUCAGUACAAGCACGUGCCCCUCCCUGCAGAGGCCACCGCAGACCAGGUCGUCCAGGUCGUCCGCUCUCUCAACGCAGACCCCUCCGUCAGCGGCAUCCUCGUCCAGCUCCCCCUCGGUCCCCACGUCUCUGCUGAUGGCGUCCGCGCAGUCACAGAAGCCGUAUCUCCCGAAAAGGACGUCGAUGGAUUCCACGCGUACAACAUCGGUCACUUGUCUUCUCGCGCUAGUACCCCGCUCUUCACUCCUUGCACUCCCGCCGCUGUCAUUCGUCUCCUCGAGUCUACCGGUACCCAGAUCGCAGGCGCUAAUGCUGUCGUUCUCGGGCGCAGUGAUAUUGUCGGAAACCCCGUCACAUCCCUUCUCCGUAACCGCGACGCGACUGUCACCCAAUGCCACAGCCGUACCAAGAACAUGGAGUCCAUCGUUAAGCAGGCCGACAUUGUCGUAGCAGCUAUUGGUCAACCCGAGUUCAUCAAGGGUGAUUGGAUCAAGCCUGGUGCCGUCGUUAUUGAUGUCGGCAUCAACUAUAUCCCCGACGCGACCAAGAAGUCUGGCCAACGCCUCGUCGGUGACGUCGACUACGUUCCCGCUGCGACCGUCGCCUCCCACAUCACCCCUGUCCCCGGCGGUGUCGGCCCGAUGACUGUCGCCCUCUUGAUGGAGAACGUACUCAUUUCUGCAGAGAGAAUCUUGGAAAAGGCCCGCGAGCGCAAGGUCACUGCUCUCCCCCUCGAGAUCAAGGAAAAGGUCCCCAGCGACAUCGAGAUCGCCAUGGCGCAGACGCCCAAGCCCGUCACCCAGCUUGCGGCUGAGAUGGGUCUCCUUCCGGAUGAGCUGGAGAGCUAUGGGCGCUACAAGGCCAAGGUUGAGCUGAGCGUGUUGGAGCGUCUCGCUCACAGGAAGGAUGGAAAGUACAUUGUCAUUUCUGGUAUCACGCCUACGCCUCUCGGUGAGGGUAAAUCGACGACUACGAUCGGUCUUGCUCAGGCUCUCGGUAUUCACCUUGGUCGUCCGUCGUUUGCCUGUGUUCGUCAGCCGAGUCAGGGCCCGACCUUUGGUAUCAAGGGUGGUGCUGCCGGUGGAGGCUACAGUCAGGUUAUUCCUAUGGAUGAGUUCAACCUUCACUUGACCGGUGAUAUUCAUGCCGUCACUGCCGCGAACAACUUGCUUGCCGCUGCUUUGGACGCCCGUAUGUUCCACGAGGCCACCCAGUCUGACAAGGCUCUUUACAGUCGUCUCGUGCCCACCAAGAAGGGCAAGCGUGAGUUUGCGCCUCUGAUGUUCAAGCGCUUGCAGAAGCUCGGUAUCGACAAGACGAAUCCUAACGAUCUUACGCCCGAGGAGAUCACUCGCUUUGCUCGUCUCGAUAUCGACCAGAGCACCAUCACCUGGAACCGUGUGCUCGACACGAACGACCGCUUCCUCCGCAAGAUCACUCUCGGCCGCAACCCCACUGAAAAGGGCCACGAGCGCGAGGCUGGCUUCGACAUCGCCGUCGCGAGCGAGUGUAUGGCCGUGCUUGCCCUCACUACCGGCUUGAACGACAUGCGCGAGCGCCUCGGUGCUAUGGUCGUCGCGACGAGCAAGUCGGGAGAGCCCGUGACCGCGGACGACCUCGGUGUCGGCGGCGCCCUGGCGGUGCUCAUGAAGGACACGGUGAAGCCGAACCUGAUGCAGACGCUCGAGGGCACGCCGGUCUUCGUGCACGCGGGCCCCUUUGCGAAUAUUGCGCACGGCAACUCGUCCAUCCUCGCCGACCGCGUCGCGCUCAAGCUUGCUGGCACUGAGCCCGGCGAGGGCGAGGACCGCGUCGGCUAUGUUCUCACCGAGGGCGGGUUCGGUGCCGAUAUGGGCAUGGAGAAGUUCUGCAAUAUCAAGUGCAGGGUUAGCGGGCUUGCGCCUGAUGCGACGGUCAUCGUCGCGACGACGCGCGCGCUCAAGAUGCACGGAGGCGGGCCCGAGGUGACGCCCGGCAAGCCGCUCCACGACACGUACACCAAGGAGGACUUGGGCACGCUCAAGGAGGGGUGCAAGAACCUUGUGAGGCAUAUUGAGAACUCGAAGAAAUUUGGCGUCAAGGUUAUUGUUGCUAUUAACCAGUUUGCCACGGACACACCUGCCGAGCUCGAGCUCGUCCGCCAGGAGGCGCUCGCUGGUGGCGCCGACGGCGCUGUCGUCAGCAACCACUGGGCCAAGGGCGGCGAGGGCGCCAAGGCGCUCGCGGAGGCGGUGAUCGCGAUCUGCGAGGGCGAGUCCGCGUUCAAGUUUCUGUACGACCUCGAGCUGCCCAUCGCGGACAAGAUCGGCGCGAUCUGCCGCGAGAUCUACCGCGGGGACGGUGUCGAGCUCAGCGAGCUUGCGCAGAAGCAGAUUGAGACGUAUACGCGCCAGGGAUACGGCCAUCUCCCCAUUUGCAUGGCGAAGACGCAGUAUUCGUUCUCGCACGAUCCGUCGUUGAAGAACGCGCCGACGGGCUUUACGGUGCCCAUCCGCGAGGUGCGGCUCUCGGCCGGCGCGGGCUUUUUGUACCCCAUCCUCGGCGACAUGCAGACUAUGCCCGGUCUGGGUACACGUCCUGGUUUCUGGGAAGUCGGAGUCGACCCCGAGUCGGGCCGCGUCGUCGGCUUGUUCUGA